UGAAGUCGGUCUCGGUGGACGAUUAAUUAUAUACAUACAUUUAUUUACAAUUUAAUGAUUUUUCUUGAAAAUAUGAAUUUUCUUUAGUUAUUACCUCGUUAUAUUACACUACUUGCCUCGUUUGAAAGUAUAUUUACAUUCAGAAUUUGGUUUUUUCCAGUAAAUAGUCCCAACAAUGUCUGAAAAACUUAAGAAUAUUCCAGAGCAAAAGCUAAAAGCUUUUUCAAUUGGAACAAUGGGUAAAAGAACAUUAUCUAAAAGAGAGCUUGAAGAACAAAGGAAGAGGGAAGAAGAAAAAGCUGCUGCUCAUGUGUUUCAAGAAUUUGUGGAAACUUUUCAAGAAGCACCCUUAAAUGGUAGUAGUAAAGUUUGGGUUAAAGCUGGCACAUUUGAUGCAGGGUCAAGAAAGGAAGAUACAAAAGAUAAAGGACAACUAUACAAGCCAACAGCAAAAUUUCAACCCAGUUCUGAAACUCUAUCCUCCACAGAAAAAGCUCAGGCAUUUGCCAAAUUACUUAGCAUUGAUACUAAAAAGCCUGCUAAAUCUAAGAGGACAGGAAAAAGUAAUUUGGAAAGCUUUAUGGAGGAAUUAAAACAGAUACAGGAAGAGAGAGAAGAAAGACAUAAAUACAAAUCCUAUAUAAAGACUCCUAUUGAAAAUGAGCUAGACAUGUUCAUGAGAGGAGACCUUGGUUCCUUUGAUAAUGGAGAUCCUAACACAACUAACAUUUACUUAGGGAAUCUUAAUCCUAAACUCACAGAACCUCAACUUAUGGAAAUAUUUGGUAGAUAUGGACCACUCGCAAGCAUAAAAAUUAUGUGGCCAAGGUCUGAUGAAGAAAAAGCUAGAGGCAGGAACUGUGGCUUUGUGGCAUACAUGUCCCGCAAAGAUGGUGAACGAGCCCUCAGGAACUUAAAUGGAAAAGAUAUUUUUGGUUAUGAAAUGAAGUUAGGUUGGGGCAAAGCUGUUGUUAUACCUACACAUCCUAUUUACAUUCCCCCAAUUCUUAUGGAAGUUAGUCAACCUCCACCACCUUCAGGGCUACCUUUUAAUGCUCAACCUGCCUCUGAGGAUAGAGAUGUAUUACCUCAAACCAACGAAGAGCUAGAGCUAAUUCUAAGUAGGGCAGUAAUUAAAGUAGUCCUACCUAAUGAUAAAAAUCUCAUAAUGCUUAUACAUAGAAUGGUUGAGUUUGUGGUCAGAGAAGGGCCAAUGUUUGAGGCUAUGAUAAUGAAUAGGGAGUUGCUCAAUCCACAGUUUAGGUUUCUAUUUGAAAAUCAAAGUCCCGCCCAUAUUUACUACAGAUGGAAAGUAUAUUCAAUUUUACAUGGAGAUGCCCAAAAGGAAUGGAGAAAUAAAGAGUUUAGAAUGUUCAAAGGAGGUUCAGUGUGGAAGCCACCAGUUAUGCAUUCAUACACAGCAGGCAUGCCAGAUGACUUAAUAAAUGAUGAUGACAUACUAAGGGAUUCUUCAAAAGGAGCUCUUUCCAAAGGACAAAGAGAUAGGUUAGAGGAUAUCAUUCGUAACAUCACUCCUGAGAAAAAGAGAAUUGGUGAAGCAAUGAUUUAUUGUAUUGACCAUUCUGAAGCAGCUGAGGAAAUAGUCGAGUGCAUUACUGAGUCUUUAUCCAAUGAGUCGACUUUGAUUACCAAGAAAAUAGCCAGAUUAUACGUCGUUUCCGAUAUUUUAAGCAACUGCGGUGUCAAAGUCAAUAAGGCAUCGAAUUAUAGGAAAAUUUUCCAAGACAAACUCUUUGACAUCAUAAGAGAAAUUAAAAAAGCUUAUGACAGUCUUGAGAGUCGUCUUCAAGCCGAAGGUUUUAAGGUCAGAGUUCUCAGGGUUCUAAAAUCUUGGGAGGAUGCCGGAAUUUAUACUUUGGACUUUAUGACAAAACUUCACAAUGCAUUUUUAGGUCUUGACCUUCAAAAAGGUGCUGCUCCAGAAAAAGAGGAUGAUCUUGAUGGAAAUCCUCUUGAUCACAACAGAAAUUCAGAUGAGGAUGGAGUUCCUAUAGAUGGUGCAGCUUUAUUGAAGAACGCCAUGAGUCACUACAAUAGUUCUCCCGAGGAUGAAGAAGAUAUUGAUGGUGAAGAAAUUAAAGAGGAUCCUGCAGAUUUAAGGUCACUCGUUCGCGCAGGAUUCACCAGGUCUAAAUGGGAGGCUGUUGAUCCAGACCAAGUAGAAGCUCAAGCCAUGACAACCAGCAAGUGGGAUUUAUUGGAAAACAGUCAAGAAAACACUCAGGACAGCUCAGGAAAUCCUAAUGACAAUGAUUCUCCUCUAGAUUAUGGUGAUACUAGAAACAUGACUGAAGAAAGACGCCAGAAGCUACGAGAAAUCGAAGUGAAAGCUGUUCAAUACCAAGACGAACUUGAAUCGGGUCAGCGUUCCCUAAAAAGUGGUUGGUCGGUACCCCAACAGGUGGAGCACUACCGACGUAAACUACUGAAGAAGUCAGAGAAAGAAUCGAAGAAAGAGGUGAAGGCUGAAAAGACGCCUAAACAUGAAAAACAUAAGAAGGAUAAAGAUUAUGAAAAGAGCGAGAGACGACUAGAGGAGGGGUCCGAUGACGAAUACUACAAUAAGGAACAUACCUCUAGAAAAAGUAAAAAACAUGCUCGCAGCUCUUCAACGGGUUCCACCUCAAGACACAGGUCAAGAAGCCGCAGCCCGACAAGAAAACGCACCAGACAACAAAGUCGUUCUCCCACCCCUCCCCGUUCCCGUCGUCCAAGUCCUUCAUCCUCUCGCUCAUCGCGCAAGCGUAGAGACUCUCCUGGUUCUCCCAUUAGCUCCACUAGCCGAUAUUCUCCUCCUCAUAGCACCAGUCGCCAUAGCAGGUUGUCUCCGUCUCCUGUAAGGAGCUCAAAACGUUCGAGGAACCGAUCCUCAUCUCCUAAAAGGAGGAGUAGGAGUACUUCCAGGACUAGGUACUAUUCUCCGGACUCCACUAGCACUAGCUCGAGAAAACAUAGGCAUAAGCACAAGUACUAACACAAGGUGAUGCAAGAGGAAAGUAGUUUAUGUUUGUCCUGUAUCAGCGUCUUUGUGGCCUGCCUAAUUUAGACUAGAUUUAGAAAUAGAUUGAUUUUAGAGGUAGUUAAGCGAAGGGUUUGACUGCUUAAAGGUACUUGUACCACUAUGCUUCAAUGGCGGUGACCUUAAGACUUAACGGAAAUGACUUAAAAACAUACUGUGAAUUUUAAAUGUGAUUUUUGACAUUUCUUUUUACUUUGUGGACAAUUAUGGUGCUUUUUUGAGGUGUUACUGCUUCUAAGAAAAAGUAGUGUUGCUUGUAGCACAAAGCGGUUAAAUCGUUUCGUUUUACUGCCUCUGUCAAGUUAUUAGUUUGACCCUAUUAGUCGUUUAUACUUUUUAUGAGCACGUUUUACACCCAAAGUUAAAAAUUAAAAAUUAUCAGUUUUUCCCGAAAACAAUGAUUUACAAGUCAUGGUUUUCUGACUCUAUUCUUGAUUUAAUUUUGAAAUAUUUACGAUAUGUUAGGUCGAAAAGGCCUAGGAUAUGUGUGAUAUGUGAGAUUCACAACAAUCUUUCAUAUUUGGUGUUGUUGAUUGACAAAAAUUAAGUGGAAGUGCAUAUUAGCAGCUGAAAAUUUAACAUUUCAAAUUUUGUUUGAGAAUUUGUAUGUAUACAAAUAUUUUAUCUUUAUUUAUAAA